AGGAACUACAACAAGAUACGUUGAGCUGUGUUACAUAGGUUGCUCAAUAGAAGUUUAAAAAAGAGCGUCAGACUUUGCGUGCACUUCUUCUGGACGCUACAAUAGUAUAUAUUUUAAACAUGUUAUCAUUUCGACGAGUCACUGAGCUCUUCGACCACAAUCACCAAUUCGAACUAAUCAUACAUCAAUUAAUCACGAAAAUAUCAAUAUCCAUCACCUCUUCGGACUAAUUGCAGCAUUAAUAAUAUAUCUAAAUAAAAAUCGUGGUGAAUUAUAUGGUCGCUAACGCGUCGCCGUUUGAUGAUGUCACAAGGGCCGGAGCCAACCGACAUGUGGGAAGUGCGAGUCUUCGCUCAAAUUUCAACAUAAUUUAAUUUACUGUACGUGGUGUUGAGUUUUACAGCCAUGGAUGAAUUAACAGCAGACAUCAAGGCUUUGCUUCUCAACCACCCUUUUCUGGAGCUGACUGACAGCCGAAAGAUCAAGUGCACUUUGAACGGACACGAGCUCCCAUGCAGCCUGACAGAGCUGGAAAAGUUCACCAAAGGGAAGAAGUAUCAGAAACUGAGCUCCCAUGCGGAGUUUAACUACAGCCAGUAUGAACCUCACAUUGUGCCAAGCACUAAACAACCCAAUCAGCUCUUCUGCAAGUUGACCCUCAGACACCUCAACCGACUACCGCAACAUGUUUUAAAACACGUCAACGGAAAACGCUACAAGAAGGCCCUCAACAUGUAUGAGGAAUGUGUAAAGCAGGGGAUCGAAUUCAUUCCAAUCAGACUCCAGCAGAAAAGGCCAAAGUUUACAGACGACAACAUCAAAGACGUCCACCAGGGGCAUACUUCCAAACACGGCAUGUGGGAACAAUCUUCCAGCGACGCGGGCGAUUCGGAGGACAGCAUGAGCGACCUUUACCCCUCGUCAAUGUUCGGGUUGGUGAACUCGGCAGAGAAAAAGAUGAAGUCGGGUGAAGAUGACUUCAAAACAGAUGAGGAUGAAGAGAUGGAGGUGGGCACGCAGACUGUGCAGAAGCGUAAAAAGGUCCAGGGUGGUGGCUUCCAGAAGAAAUUCAAAAAUAACAAGAAAGGCCGGAAUAAGAAAUCGGCGAAAGUUCAGAAUGGAAAGUAAAAGAUUCUUUAACCUAUUAAAUAACGCAUAAAAGACG